AUUGAAAUUCUAGCUAUUUUCCAACUUUUGGGUUUUUAGUGUAAGACGGAUUUUGGGGUCAUUGAGAUUUUGAGUUGAGUAGUUCUCAUUUUGAAGCGGAUUGACUCUGUUUGAUUCUUGUUUUGGUGUAUUUCUUGCUCUGGAUUUUUUUUUCCUGGUUUUCGUCUCAAUAGCAUUAAAAUUUAAUUCUCAUAAUUUUUGUUUAUUUUUUCUGGUCUGGGUCUUAUUUUAUCGUAGGGAUCUUUCUUUCAAGUUUGACUCUGUUUUUUUUAAACUUAUUAUUUUAUUUAUGGGAUUUGAGGCUUUUGAGGGCGGUUGGUGAUGUCUUAUAACUAUCCAGACUCGCCUGCUUGUUGCUCAACAGCUUCAGCUGAACUGAAACUAUACCAAGCUUUCAUCUUUUCCAUACCAAUUAUCUUCACUUUUAUUCUUCUUUUCCUAUUUUACUUUUUCUAUCUUCGUCGAGGCAGGGUUGAUUGGUCAUCUUUGCGGAUGAGGACAUUCAACGGGAUUUCGGAACCCAUCUCCAGACCAUCAGAAUUAGGUUUGAAGAAGGAGCAUAGAGAGAUGCUACCGAUAAUCGUAUUCAAGGAAAGCUUUUCUGUCAAGGAUACACUAUGUUCAGUAUGCCUGGGGGAUUACCAAGCUGAGGAUAAGCUUCAACAAAUACCUGCAUGUGGCCACACUUUUCACAUGGAUUGCAUUGACCACUGGCUUGCUACCCACACCACCUGUCCUCUUUGUCGCUUCUCCCUCUUACCAUCUCCUAAAGCUGAGACUGACCAUUCUGACGAUCGAAUUGAAGCCCAGGCUGACGAAGUACAAUCUUAUCCGGAAUCCUCAAGAAUUAGACAUGAGGUUGGAACCUCUGUUCAAACAGGGGUUGAGAGAGAGAACAUAGGGUAAGAGAGAGGCAGCUAUUGCAUUAGUACUGCGGAAGAGGUCUCUGAUGCAAGAAGGGAAGUUGAAGGGUGUGGGUGUGGUGGUGAAGUUUCAGAUGUUGUGGUUAAUGUUGAAACACAUGGUUCUGUUGAGCAAGUGCCUGUGACAGAGCGGCCAUAAAAACUAGUUUAGUGUUUUAAUAUUUUGUUUUAAAUUUAAAGAAAGCUCUUUUGUUAUGUAAGAAAAAUGUGUACAUAAUAAAUGUUUGGGUUCAUUUUU